AUGACUAAAUUAUCCAAAGAGUACGUAAGUGACUCUUCAGACAGUGAACAUGAGGUAGAAGACACCUUUCAAGUUCCCGCCGGUUAUAAACAGUGUAAACAUUUGAAGAAAUGUGACCUUCCUACUAAAGGCGAUCGCAAGGAACUAUGGUUGUUAAAAGUCCCCAAAUCACUAGAUAUAUCGAAGUUAAAGGCUCUACCGAUCGAUUUUUCAGGUGAAGCCCCCACUGAAAUUAAAGCGGCUGACAAGAAAUACCUGGUUAAGGAAGAUUUAUCACAAGAGGUCGACCAAGUACAGAAUUCGAAAAACAGUAAGUUCUCUGUGCUGGUGAGCAAUGGUAAAGAUAAACUGAAGGCUUCAUCCUCGCUAAUUGCAAAGUAUUUCGAUGUGAGCGAAGCGGUUGAUAUCCCAGCUAUAGCAUACAACAAGGUCAGAGUCCCAAGACAAGAUGUGGUUAAAGUGGAAGGUCUCAAGGUAAGGCAUUUUGCUACAGGUUUCAGUGCUGAAGAAGAAAGAGCUUCUCAUGAGGACGAACCACCUUUAAAGAAACGCAAGAAGUCGGACGACACUAAGGAGAAGAAGGAGAAGAAGGAGAAGAAGGAGAAGAAAGAGAAGACAGACAAGACAGACAAGAAAGACAAGAGAGACAAGGAUAAAAAGAAGAAAAAUAAGGAAAAGGCAUAG